CCUUUUCUGAUCCAGAUUCCGGAAUCCGGAUACGCUAGCGCCGUCACAGUCCUGUGCCUCGCCGCCUACUGCUAUUAUUACUAGUACUUCUUCUUAUGCUGCCAGUACUACUACUACUUUUACUGCUAGUAGCCUCGUCUCCUAGUGUCUGUCCUUCAGCUAGGCUCUACCAUCAACCCGUCUCUCACAUUAUCAACCCCUGGCUUAGGCACAUUAUCUCAGAACGAACCGCGCGUCUCAGACUUCGCAAAUAGAUCACAGAUCACAUUGCGGCGCCCGAGAGAGCUUCCGCGCAUCAUAGGUCACAUUUCACAGAGAUUCCAGCGCGCCGCUGCCCCCCCUCCCACCCUUCUUUCCCUUCUUCUCUGGGUGUUUUCGCUGAACGUUGGUACUUGUGGUGCUAGUGACGCUAGUGGUGCUAGUGGUGUAGCGCUAGUGGCCCUAGUCGCUAUCCUCCCCGUGAUCCCGAAUGUUUCAUCGUCCGGCCGCCAUGGCCACUGCUGUCAGCCGCACCGCCCUUCCCGAGCAGCCGCCCGCUGCCUUCCACGCCGCUCCCCACUCAAACCUCUCAGGGUUACCACCAACGCUACCUAUUUCGCAGCAGUCGCAACAAUUGUCAUACCCGCCACAUUCGCAACAUUCGCCAGAUUCGCUUCACCUUGCGGCUGAAACAGUCCCGCCGCAAGCCACUCAGCUGCCGCCACCGCUCUCCACUACCGCGGUUCGCGAGUCGGCGCUACCAUUGGUUUCAGCACUACCAGUAGCAGCAGCGCUAGUACUACCAGUAGCAGCAGCGCUACCAGUACCAGCAGCGCUAGUGCCAGUGGGAGCAGCAACAGCAGUAGUAGCAGCCCCGUCCGCCCCGGGGCCAGCAGUUCCCGUCUCGUUCGCAGCCACUGACACAUUGCCUAAGCUUCCCGCCAACUUAACCUUCUCUCACCAGUUCCCCGCGCCCAUCCCCGUCAUCCCCGCCAUCCCCACUGCCCCCGCGCCCACCAGGGCCUGCGCGCGCCCCGCCGCGACCCUCCUGCGCCCGCUCCCCCCCGCGCUGCACCAGAGCCUCUGCAAGCGCGCCCUUGAAACGCGCAUCUGGGACGCGCACGCGCCUUUCUUUCCCCCGUCCACUCACCCCUCGCUACCGUCCGCCCUCCCCUCUCUGUCGCCCGCCCUCCCCUCACUGUCGCCCGCCCUCCCUUCACUGCCGCCCGCCCUCCCCUCACUGCCGUCCGCCGUCCCCUCACUAUCCCCCGCCCUCCCCUCACUGCCGUCCGCCCUCCCCUCACUGUCGCCCGUCCUCCCCUCACUGCCGUCCGCCCUCCCCUCACUCCCCCCCUCGCUCCCGCCACUGCCUCUGCCACCGCCCUCGCCAACUCGGUCGCCUUCCCUCGCGGCGACAUCUACUACGCUAAUCAGCGGGCAUAACGGCGUUCAUAGCGGCGGGCAUAGCGGCGGGCAUAGCGGCGGGCAUAGCGGCGGGCAUAGCGGCGGGCACGGCGGCGGUCACAGCGUCGGCCAUGGAGUGUGCCCGCCUGCUAUAAUGCCUUCGACCCCUGUCGCUGUUUCCUCGCUCUCCUCGCUGCCGCGAUCCCUGUCGUUCACCUCUGCCGUUCUGUCGCUCCCGUCGCUGCAGACGUCGCAGCCGUCGUCGCAGCCAUCAUCGCAACCGUCGUCUGCGUCGUCCCAAUUGUCGCAGCUUGUGCCGUGCACGCCGCUCCUGUUCUCGGAGCCGCACACCGUUCCGUCGACGCACGCGCCGGCGCGUGCGACUGUGCCGCUGUCGCCGGCGGCGAUCGUGUCGCACAGCCCGUCGCAGAACGCUCAGCAGCAGCAGGUGACGGGGGUCCAAUUCGAGUACCGAAUGUCGCACAGCCCGUCGAUUCUGGGAGACCGAAAGCCAAUCGGAGACAACCGGCGGGAUUCUCCUGAGAGCCUCGAAUUGGCGCGCUUCCUCCCGAAGCACGCGGGCUCCGCCUCGGGGGAAAAGCGCGUGCUUCCGCCCCCCAGCAUCGCGCCCGCCGCAGGCGCGCCGGCGGAGAAUGCUCCACAGAUGGCGGAAGAUGGAGGAUUUUCCCCGGCGAAGCGAUCUUGCCCGCUCCCCGCGACCUCUCACCCUGGCGCGGGCAGUAUGGAGGAGCACGGGGGAACUCCUAGCGCGCAGUUCAAGGGGAAAGCCGCCUGCACGCGAGAGGCGCAGCUCGUAGCGGACGGCGGAGCAGUGCCGCGCGAAAUCGCCGCAGUGCCAGGGGGGAGAGCUGCGUGGGCGGCAUCUUGUGGCAUGGGAGUUCCUGCUGCUGCUGCUGGUGCUGUUGGUGCUUGUGCUUACGUUGGUGCUAAUGGUGGUGGUUGCAGCAACAGUAGCGGCAGCCAGUACUGUGUCACAGGCAGCAUGACAAGGCGGCAAGACGGCAUGCGCACAACGCUCCCCUUCGCCGCCUCCCCUUCCUCCUCCCCUUCCUCCUCCCAUCACUUCCAGCACCAGCAACAUCACCAUCCACAUCAUCCCAUGCAUCGCUCUCCCGCGCCCCUUAUCCCCGCCAUCAGCAGCAGCAGCGCAGGCACAGAGGCGUACAGCAGCAAAGGCAGCUGGUUUCCUCCUUCCAGCCCCUCAAUUCCCACCGAUCCCACCGUUCCCACCAUGCCCUCCGUCCCCACCGUUCCGUCCGGCUCCUUCGUUUCUUCCACCCCGUUUACUCCCUCCUCUCCUUUCACCCCGUCCACGCCUGCCGUUCUUCCUCCCACUCCUUCCACCCAGCACAGCAGCAGCAGCACCGCUCUUCACACCUCGCUCUUCUCCCCUCCUCCCGCGCCACACCCCCCUCCACACCUCGCCUCUUCACCUUCCUCCUCCGCCCACUUCCUCUCCUCUCCCCACGUCCUCUCCUCUCCUCAAGUUCUCUCCUCUCCCCCACUCACACCUUCCUCCUCUAUGACACCACCUCCAACGGCUCAGAUGAGCCUACCACCCCUGCACAGCAGAACAGCCCUCCUACCAAAGCUCUCCGCUCCCCCCUCCUCAUCCUCCUCCCCCUUAUCCUCCCCCUUUUCCCCCUCUCUACGCGCAUAUCCCCGGGCCCCCCCCCCAUCCCCUGUACAAGCCUCCCCGUUUUCAGCAGCAGGGUGCAGCUUCAACGGUCCUCAGAAUCCUCUGGUCGCAGGAAGCCCGAGCUUGCCCCCUGCAGGGCUAAGGGGAGCCAGAAUACUGUCCAUUAUGGGCGUGAAUGGUGUCCAUUACAGUGGUUGCAGCUUGGGCGUCAAUGGUGGGACUUCAGGCGUGAAUGGUGGCGCUUUGGCUGUCAGCAAUCGUGGCGCUUUGGCCGUAAAUGGUGGCGCUUUGGCUGUCAGCAAUAGUGGCGCUUUGGCCGUAAAUGGUGGCGCUUUGAGCGUGAAUGGUUGUGGUAAUAUGGGUGUGGGCGGUUGCAGCCCGAGUGUUAACGGCAGCCAUUGCUGCCCGAACGCUAGCUCGUCCUAUUCUGGAUCUCUCGGGUCCUCAUCCGUUGUUCUUCUGCCUCGCUCCCGCACCCUCGUGCCUGAUCCCCAACUGCCUCCCCCUACCACUGCACCAACUGCUGCUGCUGCUACUGGUGCUACUGGUGCCGCUGGUGCUGCUGGUGGUGCUGGUGCUGCUGGUGCUGCUGGUGGUGCUGGUGCUGCAGCUACUGCUUCUGAUGGUGCAGGCUUGUCUGGGAUGAAGCAGUUGCAGCAGGGGCAGACGCAUGCAGCAGAGCGCAUGCGUACUCUGAGCUCACUGCAUGGUGGGGACAUGCCACAUGUUAUACCGGCAGACGGCCGUGCAAAGGCGCCCAUGCUGCCACUAUCAGGUGCGUACUCGGAUGCACAAGGCCAAGGGAGCAUGCGGCUGGAGGGAAGCACGUCACAGUUUGGAUGCUCCGCUGCCUCGAAAUCAGGGGAUCAAGGCCUUGAUAUGUGCUCCCCUGGGGUAGCAGGGGCAGCAGGGACAGCAGGGGCAGCAGCAGGAGCAGCAGCAGGAGCAGCAGCAGGGGCAGCAUGUUCCUCAGGGGCAGUAGCAGGGGCAGCGGCAGCAUGUUCCCCAGCAGCAGCAGCCGCAGCGGCAUCACUAGCUUGCUCGGUACCGGGAACAGGCUCUCACGGCGCUUCCUCUAUGAGGCACCGGCUUCAGGGACACCAGAUGCAACUACAGCAGUGGCUGCUGCUACAACAGCAGGAGCUUCUGCUACAGCUGCAGCAGCAGCAGCAGGAGCAGCAACAGCAGCAACAGCAGCAAUUGCAACAGCAGCUAAAGCAGCAGCAGCAACAGCAGCCGCAGCCGCAGCAGCAGCAGCAGCAAGAGCAACAGCAACAACAGCUAAAGCAGCAGCAGCAGCAACUGCAACAACAGCUAAAGCAGCAACAGCAGCAGCAGCAACUGCAACAACAGCUAAAGCAACAACAGCAGCAGCAGCAGCAACUGCAACAACAGCUAAAGCAACAACAGCAGCAGCAGCAACUGCAACAACAGCUAAAGCAGCAACAGCAGCAGCAAGAGCAACAGCAGCAGCAGCAACUGCAACAACAGCUAAAGCAACAGCAGCAGCAGCAGCAGCAGCAGCAGCAGCAACAGCAACAGCUACAGCUGCAGCAACAGCAGCAGCAGCAGUGCAGCUUAAAAAUUCAACCAGCACUGCAAGUUGCACAUAGCACCGCAUACUCCCGCCCGGCGACCCCUAGCAGCAGCAGCGGCAGCAGCAUCUACUGCAGCAGCAUCAGCAGCGAUCCCAAUGCUCCCACUCAAGGCCCUCCCAGCCCUCCCAUCCCUGCCAACCCUCUCAUUCCCCCCCCGUCAGCUGUGAGCCCCUUGGGUUUGGCGCCUCUCACUCCAAGCAACUCAAACAACACUGCUGUGCUCCAGACUCAAAGUCACAAAUGCCACACGCACGUUCCACCCCACGUCUCAGCAAACAUUUCAGCCCAGGUUGCAGCGCACGGCCAAGCCCAGACGGGUUCUGUGCACAGCAACAGCAGCAGCAGCGGCAAUGGCAGAGCUCCAGCCAAAGCAGUCCCUUUCACUGCCUUCCUGCCCAUGCCCGUCCGUACCCCGGCUGCCACUCUGCCUCUGCCCUCCGCCCGUGCCUAUACCAUUCCUGCACUCAGGCCCAUUCCGCCUGGGCUUCGCCCGAUCUCCCCUGGCGUGCAUUCGAUUGCCCCCGUCCCGCUGCCUGUGCGGUGGGCUGUGGGGGCAAGCACGGGGCGCAGCGGCAAGGGUGUGGUUCAGCAGAGGCAAAGGAGGCAGCAGCGGGGGAAGCAGCCAAUGAAGGAGCAGCAGCAGCAGCAGCAGCAGCAGCAGCAGGUGCAGGAGAAGGUGCAGCAGGUGCAGGAGAAGGUGCAGCAGCUGGAGCAGCAGGAGAAGGAGGCUUUGUUGGAGGGCAAGUGCACUGGCGGCAGCAGUAGCAGGAAGAGCAGCCGAGCCGAAGAGGUAGCGCCUGCUGGUGGUGAUGGUCGGCGACAAGGGGGCGAGCGAGGCAGCAUGGCAAUGGAGGAAGCAACACCACUUGUGAGGGGAGAGAUGGUGGCGGUUGCAGCUAAGAGACAAGAAGCAGGCACGGAAGGGCAAACCAGAAGCAGCAGUAAUGGUCAAGCUGAGGGCGGAAGCGAUUGUGGUGGUGAAAGUGGCGGUGGCACUGGCAGUGGCGGUGGCACUGGCAGUGGGGGUGAAAGUGGCAGUGGUUUGGUGGGGGUUGUGCGCAUGGAGGAAAUUUCAGGGAUGAAACCCCGAGUUAUUGCGCAAGAGACGCACAAGCAAAGGGGCGUGGGGGAAUGCAAGGGGGUCAGGGGGAAUGACGGGGCGCUGUUGAAGCAGGACGGACCGGAACUACCAGUGAGUGACCGAGCCGAGGGGCGUCUGAAAGCUGAGGCGGGGGGCGGUGAGAGAACUGUGGGCUGCACGGAUCUUGAGACUCAAGGUUGUGGAGGGGGAACCGAGACGCGCCUGCCAGCUGCGGACGAUCCCAAGGGAAAGGGCGCAAUGCAGGAAGAGGGAGGCGAAUAUGGCCGUGAGCGGGAGUGUGAGCGGGAGUGUGAUCAGGAGUGUGAGCGGGAGCGGGAGCGAGAGUGGGAGUACUAUGACAGGAAGGCAAUCGCUGGUGGCGCCGAGAGAGGAGGGUGUAGAGAUACCGAUAAUGCGGGUGAGUGGUUCUGCAACGAGGGGUGGAUAGCAGGGAUGGUGCCUGCCACGGGGCAGGGGGGUGAUGUGGCGUGCGCGGAAGAACAGGGAGGGGUUUGGCAAGCUAGGAUGGAGCGGCAGGGGGAGGAUGUGGGGAUGGGGGGUGAUUGUAUGGAGAGUGUGGUGGAGCUGUGGGGGGAGUUGAAUGAUGCUGACAUUGCUAGCAUCUGCUGGUGAUUGCUGUUACUGUUACUGUUACUGUACUGUUACUGUACCUGCUGUUGUUAAGACAAUGUCAUGCUGAGAGUAUUGUUGUGAUGGUUACAUAUGACACACAUGCAAGUGCCUUUCAAGUGACAAGCAGCAGCCAUGUGCAUGGUUUUGCUGGUCUUUCCGGGCAUUGUCUGUGC